AUGGUGCAACGCGGCGCGCUCAUCGUGUUUGAGGGUCUCGACCGCUCCGGGAAAACGACGCAGGUUGACCGUCUCAUCGCUCGACUACAGAAGGAGGGCCGCAAGGCUCGUCUCCAGAAAUUCCCUGACCGCACGACGGGCAUCGGCAAGAUGAUCGAUGCGUACCUCCAGUCCAAGGCGGAGAUGGACGACCACGCAAUCCACCUCCUCUUUAGCGCCAACCGCUGGGAAUGCGUCAGCUCCAUUCUGGCCUCGCUCGACGCGGGUGAGUCGGUUGUUGUCGACCGAUACGCCUUCAGCGGACUCGCAUUCAGUGCCGCCAAGGGACUCAACUUUGGGUACUGCCAGGCUCCGGACGUGGGUCUUCCCCUGCCUGAUCUGACAUUGUACCUCACCCUCUCGCCUGAGGUUGCGGCUCAGCGGGGCGCGUACGGCCAGGAGAGGUACGAAAACGUCGAGCUCCAGAAGGAGGUGCGAAGACAGUUUGCUGCUGUCUUCGAUGAUCUCAGGCGGAAACACGGGCAGGAGCGCAUGAUCGAGGUCUCAGCGGAGGGGACGCUUGAUGAGGUCGAGGAGGCCAUUUGGUCCGAGGCUCAGCGAGCCUUUGACCCGGUCGAGCCCAUUGGAACACUCUGGACGCAAUAA